GGGAAGUCGCCGCCCGAAGAUGGCCGCCGCGGCGGGGGACGUGUGCGGGGCCGCGGCGGGGCUCCGCGGCGGGGCUGGGUCCGCGGCUGAAGCGCGGUUCAUCAGCAGCGCCAAGGGAAAAGGUUUGUUUGCCACCAGGAAUAUCCGCAAAGGGGAAACUGUGUUCGUGGAGAGGCCCGUGGUGUCGUCCCAGUUCCUCUGGAAUGCUUUGUACAGCUACCGAGCCUGUGACCACUGCCUCAGGGCUCUGGAGACAGCGGAGGAGAACGCGCAGCGGCUGCUGGGGAAGAGCUCCCUGGUGCUGCCUCAUCCUGAGCAGUGCAGCACCCGGAAAGACCUCCACCAGCAGUGUCCCCGCUGCCAGGUGACAUACUGCAGUGCUGAGUGCAGGCAGGCUGCUUUGGAGCAGUACCACCAGGUCCUCUGCCUUGGCCCAUCCCGUGAUGACCCCACACACCCUCUCAACAAGCUGCAGGAGGCAUGGAGGAACAUGCAUUAUCCCCCUGAGACUUCCAGCAUCAUGUUGAUGGCCCGGAUGGUCGCCACUGUCAAACAGGCUAAGGACAAGGAGUGGUGGAUCAAGGCCUUCUCCCAGUUCUGCAAUAAGACAGCAAAUGAAGAAGAGGAGAUUGUGCACAAGCUGCUGGGGGACAAAUUCAAGGGUCAGCUGGAGCUGCUGAGGUUGCUCUUCACUGAAGCUCUUUAUGAUGAAUAUCUCAGCAGGUGGUUCACUCCAGAAGGCUUUCGAUCCCUCUUUGCCCUGGUGGGGACCAAUGGCCAAGGCAUAGGAACCAGCUCCCUCAGCCAGUGGGUGCACGCCUGUGAUGCUUUGGACCUCCCCAUGCUGCAGAGAGAGGAGCUGGAUGCCUUCAUUGACCAACUCUACAAGGACAUUGAGAAGGAGUCAGGAGAGUUCCUCAACUGUGAGGGAUCAGGUCUCUACGUGCUCCAGAGCUGCUGUAACCACAGCUGCAUCCCCAACGCUGAGACAUCCUUCCCAGAAAACAACUUCCUCCUGCAUCUGACAGCUCUGGAGGACAUCGAGGCAGGAGAGGAGAUCUGCAUCAGUUACUUGGACUGCUGCCAGAGGGAGAGGAGCAGACACAGCCGCAACAAAAUACUCAGGGAGAACUACUUGUUCACCUGCUCGUGUCCCAAGUGCCUGGCGCAAGCCGACGACGCCGACGUGACCUCGGACGAGGAGGAGGAAGGGGAAGGGGAAACAGAUGAUGCUGAGCUGGAGGAUGAGAUGACUGAUGUUUGAUCCUGAGCCCGUGGAGAGAAAGAGGAGAAGGGAAGGGAUGGGACCUGGGUAGGGAGGUUCCUCCGAGAGGCAGCAGCUUUAAUAUUCAAAGCAGGGUUGUGUUGUGGGGUCAGGGGGCGGCGGGGGGGAGCCGGAGGCAGGCCCUGCUCCCCUCUGUCCUCUUUGUGUGUGGCUGUGUGCGUGUGUCAGGCUGUCCCCAUCCUCCCUGGUGGCCCCACUGCCACAUCCCAGUCCCCAGAGGGGUUGGCUGGUGUUUGCAGGGAGGGCUGGAGGAGAGCAGGAUCUGGCCAGCCAGGUGUAGAGGACACCAUGGUGGGGUGGCCAACCCUGUGGCCACCUCCAAGGCUGCUCCUCCGUGUCUGUGCCGGCCGUGGGCAGGGAGGAGUGUGGCCUUUCCUGCCCCCCAGGAAGGAGGGGAAGGUGUGUGAGUGUGUGUCUGUGUGUGCUUGUGCACGAGGGGAACUAUUUAAUGUCUGUAUUAGCACUAUCUACACCCCAAGGAGCUGGGGUCCUCAUUUAUUCUCCAUUCCAUGCCUUGGCUGGGCGAGCACCAAGGGGCAAAAUGCUGUUGCAGGUGGGACAGAGACACCUUCAUGGUGGCUCUGACACCCUGAGUCCUUUGGGGGAGAGGGGCUGACCCUGGCAGGUGCCACCCUCCCACCUUGUCCCCAUCCUUCACCUGAUACCAAGCCCCAUGCCUGGGGGGCCCAUUCAGGGAGGCCACUGCUAGCCCAGAGCCCACACAGGUUACUGUGUCCUGUCAGCAAAAUCACCAUCCAGAACCCAAAAGGAUGCUUUGGGUUUUGCAGAGAGCGAGCCAUCCCCCUGGGAGGAGGGUGCAGGGACAGGGUGUGACACCCUGUGUGACCCUGCAGUGAGCAGGAUGUCACCAGCAGCAGGGGUGUUGUCAUCUGUCCCAUGCUGGCAGCCACCUGUGGACCACCAGGAGGGAGAAGAUGGCUCCAGGCCAGGGACAAGCAGCAACUGGGGAUACACCCAGGGGUUAUUUUCCUCCUCUCUUGGAUUUUUGAGGAGCUGUUUUCCUGCUGCUCUUUGCUGCUUCCUUCAGGCCUCUGGUGGUUGGACUGUGGGACUAAGGGUGACAGUGUGGAUGGACACCUGACACUGCCAUCACUGCCAGCCCCUCACCUCACUGCUUGUCCCCAGCCCUCCCGGGGCUGUGUCCCCUUCAGUGUUCUUAAUAAACUGGUG